UAUUCGCAGACAAGAAGAUAAAUCUCUCUCCGGCGCUACCAUGGCCCUUUCCUUCACUGCCGUCACCGGUUUCAGCUUGUUGAUGGGCAUGUCAAGCGCACUGGACACAUUAUCCGGCCAGUGCUAUAGUGCAAAGCAGCACCGUCUGAUGGGCAUACAUAUGCAGAGAGCAAUGCUUGUUCUUUCACUUGUUUGCAUACCUCUUGCCAUCAUUUCCGCAAACACAAAAACAAUCGUAAUAGCUCUAGGCCAAAAUGCUGCCAUUGCAGCAGAAGCUGGGGAAUUUGCACGAUUCACGAUCCCUUCCCUUUUUGCAUACGGACUCCUCCGGUGCCUCGUGAGAUUCUUACAAACUCAAAACAUAGUGUUCCCGAUGAUGCUGAGCUCUGUGGUUUCAGCUUUACUUCACAUCCCACUCUGUUGGGUUCUCGUGUUUAAAUCCGGACUUGGAGGCAGGGGAGCUGCCCUGGCAUAUUCAAUCUCCUUUUGGAUCAAUGUGUUAUUAUUGGCUCUUUAUGUCAAGUUCUCUCCGUCAUGUGCGAAAACUUGGACAGGCUUUUCAAAGGAGGCCUUUCACAACGUUACUACAUUCAUUAGGCUUGCUGUUCCUUCAGCCGUCAUGGCUAAGAUGCUAAUGCAGUUGACCAUGAGUUGUAACAACUUGGAAAUGUGGUCAUUUGAAAUGAUCGUUCUUCUAUCCGGUCUUCUUCCAAACCCAGAGUUGGAAACCUCAGUGCUUUCUGUCAGUUUGAAUACAGCGGCAAUGGUUUGGAUGUUCACUUUCGGACUCAGUUCUGCUGUGAGCACUCGUGUCUCCAAUGAAUUAGGAGCAGGACGUCCAGAAACAGCGCGCUUAGCGGUCUGUGUUGUGUUAGUCAUGGCCAUUACCGAGGGUGUAUGGUGGGAUCGACAAAAGUUAUAUACUUAUGUCGCAACCAUGAUGCCUAUACUUGCAACAUCCCACUUUAUAGACGCCCUCCAGUGUGUUCUUUCGGGUACUGCCAGAGGAUGUGGGUGGCAGAAGAUUGGAACAUAUGUUAAUCUCGGGCCAUACUACUUAGUUGGAAUUCCUUCGGCUAUUUUGAUGGCUUUCGUCUUUCACAUUGGUGGAAAGGUAAAGAGAAAAAAAUGACCGAGAGAAAAGGGUUUUUAGGUUUUCUUCUUUUCCUUCCCUUCUAUAUAACUUUUGUCUGUCAAACUGUUUUG